UAAAGCUCUACUUAGUUAUAUGUGAUGGUACGAUGGAGAUGGCUAUGAUAGCGUAGAAGCUAAUGAUCAAGAAUAUUUAGGAUAUUAAAAAAAAUAAAAUAUAAAAUAAUAAAAAUAAAAAUAGGGGCAUCUUAAAAAAUAAAAGACUUUGAAUAUUGGCCUAUGUAUAGGAAAUAUGUGUAUAAACAAAUCUCUCUCUCCAACGGCUACCAAAGGGAGAUGCUACCUUCGUUGACCAAAUACGUCAAGUCCGACCUCCGAACCCUCUCCCUCCUCCGCCACCCCCGCCUCUCCAUGCGCGAAGCCAAGCGAAUCCACGCCCACCUCCUCGUCACCGGCACCAUCUCCGACCCCUACGUCGCCGGCAAGCUCGUCGCCUUCUGCGCCGUCUCCGACCGCGGCGACCUCGACUACGCGGGCCUCGUCUUCCGCUGCCUCCCCUGCCGCUCCGCGUUCCUCUGGAACACCAUGAUCCGAGCCCACGUCGAGAGGGGGCGUCCCGCCGAUGCCCUUUGCCUUUAUUACCAGAUGUUUGCCGCCGGCUUCCUGCCCAACAACUACACCUUCUCGUUCCUGCUCCGCGCCUGCCUCGACCGCGAUUCCUUGUCGGACGGCCGCAAGUUCCACGCCAUGAUCGUAGGGCUGGGUUGGGAGUCGUACGAUUUCGUUCAGAACGGGCUGAUUCAUAUGUACUCUUAUUGCGGCUGCGUCGACUCCGCCCGCAAGCUGUUCGACUGUAGCUCCAACAGAGACGUCAUUUCGUGGACUGCGAUGAUUAACGGGUACGCUAAGUUGGGAAAAUUGGAUGCUGCUCGCGAGCUGUUCGAUCGGAUGCCUGAAAGAAAUGCAGUUUCUUGGAGUGCUAUGAUCACUAUGUAUGCCCAAUUCGGGAGAUUCAAAGAAGCGCUGGAAGUCUUCAGCGAGAUGCAGCUUGCCAGGGUUCGGCCUAAUCAUGCGGGCAUCGUUGGUGCUCUGUCCGCCUGCGGUUCUCUCGGGGCUUUGGACCAGGGGAAGUGGAUUCAUGUGUUUGCAGAAAGGAAUGGAAUGGAGUUGGACAAAAUCCUAGGAACUGCAUUGAUCGAUAUGUAUGCCAAAUGUGGAUGUGUCAAUAAUGCCUUGGAAAUCUUUCAUUCGAUGCCCGAGAGAGAUGUGUAUGCAUACACAGCAAUGAUCUCAGGUUUAUCGAACAGUAGGCACAUCGAGGAGGCGAUGGAUCUAUUCAGCAGAAUGGAAGAGGAAGGAGUGAGGCCGAACGAGGUCACUUUUAUCUGUGUCCUAAGUGCAUGUGGACGAAUGGGUCUGGUAGACAGAGGGAGGGAGAUCUUUGAGAGUAUGGAGGGGGUCUACAAGAUCAAGCCAGGAGUAGAGCACCAUGGGUGCUUGGUGGAUCUCUUGGGCAGAGCAGGACUCAUCCAGGAAGCAAAGAAGGUGGUGAGAGAGAUGCCUAUGGAGCCGGACUCAUAUGUGUUGGGUGCCUUGUUAAAUGCGUGUAGCAUGCAUGGAGAGGCAGAACUAGGGAGGGAAACUGUCGAGAGCUUAAAGAAGCUGGGCCUUGAUCACAGUGGAGUGCAUGUGUUGAUGUCAAACAUGUGUGCCUCGGCUGAUAGGUGGGAGGAUGUUGCUAGGGUGAGGAGGGAAAUGGAGAUGAGGAAGGUGAUGAAAGUGCCAGGUUGUAGCAUGAUUGAGGUCGAUGGUGUAGCUUGUGAAUUCAUUGCCGGAGACAGAUCUCACGCACAGAUGAAGGAAAUUUUGGUGGCGAUAAAGCGGAUCGACAUGCAACUUCGGUCUUUUGGUGAUGAUACUUUUGCGAUAGAAUUUGAACAGAAUCCUUAGAUCAUAGGAGUUUACACUGCCUCCUAUCGCCGGUGUUAAUAUCUGUCGCCUCCUGGUAAUUUCCAGGCAAAACUAAUUGUCAGUUGACUGAGGUGGCAUGUGGGAGUUGAAAGGUGGUGCUAAAGAGGCAACCCCAAAUUGUUGGACAAAUUUACAGAACAAGAAAAGUGAUGCUUUACAGGAGAUAGCUGUACAGCAGAUGCACAACCAGGAUCAAACAAGAACUUUCUAUUUGAUACGUAAAAUGGUUUUGUUUCAAGUGGUUGCAAGUUCAUGAGGACCAAUUUGUGGCAGUACCACAUCUGUGGAGGCAUGUGAAUCCCAUGGAUUACCAACCCAAUUUUGGGAAUGGUGUCAUCGAUCAAUCAAAAUCCGAAGAGUCGUUGCAGCAGCGUAAUUGCCUUGUCAGCUAAAAGAAACAUGCGUGGGGAAGAAGAAGAAGAAAAAGGUAAGACAAAUUCUGUUCUUCUAAAGAACAUCCCUCUUUUGAAACACUUGUGGAAAACCUCCAACAAUACACCCAAUUGUUUUAUUUUUGUUCUUUUGCAUCACAGAGUUCACAACAUGUGUUUUUCUGAUGGCAACUAGCCGCAUAGGAGUUCAUUCCCUGAGGAUUCCGGUCCAGAUGAUGGAAACUUCAUGGGGGGAUUUCUGAGAGGAGGAAGA